GAGUCACUUGUUUCUUUUCUGGCGAUUUUAGUAAAUCACACCCCAUUUGCCGCUGCGAGUAAAAAAACAAAGCGUCUUUUUUACCUUACUCAGGUCGCCUGCGCCUCGUUUGUCUCGCCCGCCCCAAUCAAUUCCUGCACAUUCUCUCUGAGCUUUGGUAUCUUUUUUUUUCUCACUUGGGCCGCGUUACUUUCGGGGGAAAUCCCAGCGUUGUCCCCAAUGGUGUGUAAGUUAUUCACAGCCUUUACUUAUUGCGCUAUAUCUUCCCAAUAAGUCUUUACUGCACUUUCCUGCCUAAUCAAUUAGACGCCUAAUCCCUAAUUCCGGUCAUUUUCUUACUUACUUUGGUUUCUCCCCCCCUUUCUCGUGUUUCCUUACACACAUUUGUAUCUCUAUCUGCGCGCUGCUUUCCACAAAGUAAUGUGGUGUUCACCGUCGUGGAGGCUUUAAAUCUUCCGAGCGAAUCUUAAUUAUUAUUUUUUAUAUAUCCUCUUUUUUUUUGGCUAACGAUGAGGCGACAAUGGAUCGCGAACCAGUCUUACCGAGUUUCCAAAUCCAACUUCGCAAGACCGUCACAGGCUUGACGCAUUCGCACGAGAAUGGGGAACCGAACGAAGAUACACCUCUAUUAAAUAACGGUCACGUAGUCCAAAAUGGCAAUGGCUUUGCCAACCAUCAUGAACACAGUGGUGGGGCCUGGGAGUUCUUUUUCGAUGCGAACCACACGCCCGGCACGGAUAACCCGAAGCCAUGGGUCAAGUAUCCAGCCCAUACGUGGCAUAUCACCAAAGCUACCCUAUUGAGCAGCCCUGUCAACAUCCUUCUCGUCGCAGUGCCGAUUGGCAUCGUUGCCGGUCAAGCCGGUUGGGACCCAGUUGCCGUGUUCGUCAUCAAUUUUUUCGCCAUCAUCCCCUUGGCCGCCGUGCUCUCAUUCGCGACGGAGGAAAUAUCGGUAAAGCUGGGCGAGGCUCUGGGCGGCCUGCUGAAUGCCACUUUCGGCAAUGCGGUGGAGUUGAUUGUUAGCAUAAUCGCAUUAAGAGACAGGCAGAUCGAGGUGGUCAAGUCGUCCAUGAUUGGCUCGAUCUUGUCCAACCUGCUCCUCGUCAUGGGCAUGUGUUUCUUCUUCGGCGGGAUCGUCAACAUGAGAGACGAGGCGGGCCGCGGCCAGGAACAGUCUUUCCAGAGCAUUACCGCCCAGACGACAGCUUCGCUCAUGACCCUAUCUGCUGCUUCUAUGAUUCUCCCUGGCACUCUAUUCAUGAUCAUCAACCAUAACAGCGAGGAAGAUAACAGAGAGGAACGUAACCAAAUCGUGCUAUCACUUUCUCGCGGCACCGCUAUCAUCCUGCUGCUACUCUAUGUGUUGUACCUAUGGUUCCAGCUGAGAACACAUCACGAGCUAUUCUGCGCCGAAGCAGGAACGACGCCGGAACCCACGCAGAACGGAGUCACCCAACUUCCUAACGAGGCUGCAGCCGAUAUUAUUCAACAUGCGUCAGUUCAAGACGAUGACGACGAAGAGUCGGAGGAAGAGGAAGAGCAGCAUAUGAGUCCAUGGUCCGCCGGCGCCGUUCUAAUAGUCACUACUGUUCUGGUCGCUAUCUGUGCGGAUUAUCUCGUCGACAGUAUCGACGCUCUAGUCGAACGUGCCCAUAUCAGCCGCAGCUUUAUUGGUCUCAUCCUCAUUCCUAUCGUUGGUAAUGCGGCGGAGCAUGUAACCGCCGUCGUGGUGGCCGUGAAGAACAAGAUGGAUCUUGCCAUGGGAGUUGCUAUCGGUUCGAGUCUCCAGAUUGCUCUGUUCGUGACCCCGUUCCUCGUUGUUCUCGGCUGGAUUAUGAAUAGAGAUAUGGAUUUACACUUUGAGACUUUUGAAACGGUCUCGUUCGCUCUAGCUGUGCUAGUUGUCAUUUACACCGUCCAAGAUGGAAAAUCCAACUAUCUCGAGGGCGCAAUGUUAAUGGCCUUAUAUGUCAUAAUUGCCCUCGCAUUCUUCGUUACUCCUAGUCAGUAUUUCAGCACCGAAUGGGCCGUGGGUCAGCUCGACGUAACCGGGUAACCUUUUUUUUCUCUUCUAUUUACGACCUGUCCUCGAUGGGCGGGGAAAGUCUGCGCGUGACGGAUCGCAUAGGUAGCGUAUCUCAACAAGACGAGUAUCAUCCCUCAAAUUCAAUGUUUCCAUAGCCAACGUAUUUUUCUUUUGUAUACAUGUAUAGUAGAGUUGUGUUAGGGUAGGUUAGGUUAACCCAGUAGGUUUGAGACAAAAACAAUUCGAAGGCGCAAGCUGUCUGUCUGUCUGUCUGUCUGCUUGGAGUUGGUGGCACAAUGCAACUUAGAGAGAUACAGAGUAAAAAGAGCAGGGGUUUACUAUGUCUUGGAAAUAAGGCGGGUUGUUUCUCAUCAAUUUUAUGUGCAAAUAAGAUGGGAGGUAUUUAUUGUUUAUUUACCUAGGUACCUAUUUACCUGUU